GAUCGUUGCGCUCCGCCCCGCCCUGCCCGGUGGCGCUGGGGCUCCUGUAGCGGUUGUGCUGCGGCGCCGAGGAUCCGGUGGUGUGAUCGCCUCUACCCGGUGCGUGCGGGGGGAGAGGAGGCGGACGGGCUCCCAGGGAGCGGCGGCGGUGGUAACCCUCGCGAGGAGGGCGAAUCGCUGGUUCCUGCCGACCGUAGAUGCCACUGGGCUGUGGGAACAGAACGCGCCAUGGGACGAGCUCCAAGACCUCUCUCCGGAUGGGUUCUCUUACUUGGGUGAUGUCUCUGCUCUCCUGACUGUCUUCAUACUCAAAGGAUUUACUUUUUUUUCCUUUUGGAAGAGAAAAAACAAACCCAAAUAUUUGAAGUUGUGAAGUCCUCUUCCUGAGACUGGAAAGUGUUCUCCCACUAAAGCCUGGCAGGCAUCAUGGGUGAUAUGGCGAACAACUCCAUCGCCUACAGCGGCGUCAAAAACGCUGUGAAAGAGACUAACCAUGGAGAGUUUGGAGUUACCCUUGCAGAGCUCCGUUCUCUGAUGGAACUUCGAGCUGCAGAUGCACUGCAUAAAAUCCAGGAGUGCUAUGGAGAUGUUCAUGGCAUCUGCACCAAGUUGAAAACUUCACCAAAUGAAGGUUUAAGUGGAAAUCCAGCAGAUAUAGAAAGGAGAGAAGCAGUUUUUGGGAAGAACUUUAUACCUCCUAAAAAGCCAAAAACAUUUCUGCAGUUAGUAUGGGAAGCACUCCAGGAUGUGACACUAAUUAUCUUAGAAAUUGCAGCCGUAGUAUCCUUGGGCCUUUCUUUUUACCAGCCUCCAGGAGGAAAUGAAUCAUUAUGUGGCUCAGUGAACGUUGGUGAAGAGGAGGAAGAGUCUGAAGCAGGUUGGAUUGAAGGAGCAGCCAUCCUCCUGUCUGUUGUUUGUGUGGUGUUAGUAACAGCUUUCAAUGACUGGAGUAAAGAGAAGCAGUUUCGGGGGUUGCAGAGCCGCAUCGAACAAGAGCAGAAGUUCACGGUCAUCAGAGGGGGCCAAGUCAUUCAGAUACCUGUAGCUGACAUCAUUGUUGGAGAUAUUGCACAAGUGAAAUAUGGUGAUCUCCUCCCGGCCGAUGGGGUCCUCAUUCAAGGGAACGACCUCAAGAUCGAUGAAAGCUCACUGACUGGAGAGUCUGAUCAUGUUAAGAAGUCUCUGGACAGAGAUCCUAUGCUGCUGUCAGGUACACAUGUGAUGGAAGGCUCUGGAAGGAUGGUGGUUACUGCUGUAGGUGUCAACUCUCAGACUGGAAUCAUCUUUACCUUACUUGGGGCUGGAGGAGAUGAAGAAGAGAAGGAGAAGGAAAAAGAGAAGAAGGACAAGAAAAGUAAAAAGCAAGAUGGAGCUGUUGAAAAUCGUAACAAAGCUAAAGCUCAGGACGGUGCAGCCAUGGAAAUGCAACCCCUGAAGAGUGAAGAGGGUGGGGAUGGAGAUGAAAAAGACAAGAAGAGGUCAAAUCUGCCAAAGAAAGAGAAGUCAGUUCUUCAGGGCAAGCUCACAAAGCUGGCAGUUCAGAUUGGCAAAGCAGGUUUGUUGAUGUCUGCAAUCACAGUCAUUAUCCUGGUGUUGUAUUUUGUGAUUGACACCUUCUGGGUUCAGAAGAGACCUUGGCUUGCUGAGUGCACACCAAUUUAUAUUCAGUACUUUGUGAAGUUCUUCAUUAUUGGAGUCACAGUCCUGGUGGUGGCAGUCCCAGAAGGUCUUCCACUGGCAGUCACUAUAUCUCUGGCUUACUCUGUUAAGAAAAUGAUGAGAGACAACAACUUGGUGAGACACCUGGAUGCCUGUGAAACCAUGGGCAAUGCCACAGCUAUCUGCUCAGACAAAACAGGCACCUUGACCAUGAACAGGAUGACAGUGGUCCAAGCAUACAUCAAUGAAAAGCACUACAAAAAGAUUCCAGAGCCAGAAGCUAUUCCAGAGAAAACUCUGGCUUACCUGGUGACAGGCAUCUCUGUCAACUGUGCUUAUACCUCCAAAAUACUGCCUCCCGAGAAGGAAGGUGGCCUGCCACGUCACGUUGGAAACAAGACUGAGUGUGCCUUGCUGGGACUGCUCCUGGACUUGAAAAGGGAUUACCAGGACGUGAGGAACGAGAUACCAGAGGAGGACCUCUACAAAGUGUACACUUUCAACUCGGUGAGGAAGUCGAUGAGCACUGUGCUGAAGAACUCCGACGGCAGCUUCCGCAUCUUCAGCAAGGGAGCCUCGGAGAUCGUGCUGAAAAAGUGCUUCAAAAUACUGAGUGCUAAUGGAGAACCAAAGGUCUUCAGGCCCCGGGACCGAGACGACAUCGUGAAAACCGUCAUUGAGCCGAUGGCUUCCGAAGGGCUCAGGACCAUCUGCUUGGCCUUCAGAGACUUCCCAGCAGGGGAACCUGAGCCAGAAUGGGACAAUGAAAAUGAUAUUGUCACUGGUCUGACCUGCAUUGCUGUCGUUGGGAUUGAAGAUCCAGUGAGACCUGAGGUCCCUGAUGCCAUCAAGAAGUGCCAACGUGCAGGCAUCACCGUCCGCAUGGUCACCGGCGACAACAUCAACACCGCCCGCGCCAUCGCCCUCAAGUGUGGCAUCCUCAACCCCGGGGAAGACUUCCUGUGCCUGGAGGGGAAAGACUUCAACAGGAGGAUCAGGAAUGAGAAAGGAGAGAUAGAGCAAGAGAGGAUAGACAAAAUCUGGCCAAAGCUUCGUGUCCUUGCCAGGUCCUCUCCUACUGACAAACACACUCUAGUGAAAGGUAUCAUUGACAGCACUGUCUUUGAACAGAGGCAGGUUGUGGCAGUGACUGGUGAUGGUACCAAUGAUGGUCCAGCUCUGAAGAAGGCAGAUGUUGGAUUUGCUAUGGGCAUUGCUGGAACAGAUGUAGCUAAAGAAGCUUCUGAUAUCAUCCUGACAGAUGACAACUUCACCAGCAUUGUCAAAGCAGUGAUGUGGGGACGAAAUGUCUACGACAGCAUCUCCAAGUUCCUGCAGUUCCAGCUCACUGUCAACGUUGUAGCAGUGAUUGUUGCUUUCACAGGAGCAUGCAUCACACAAGAUUCUCCCCUGAAAGCUGUGCAGAUGCUGUGGGUGAAUCUCAUCAUGGACACCUUGGCUUCCCUGGCCCUGGCCACAGAACCUCCCACUGAAGCUCUCCUCUUGAGGAAGCCUUAUGGCAGAAACAAGCCUCUGAUCUCUCGGACCAUGAUGAAGAACAUUCUGGGCCAUGCAUUCUACCAGCUGGUAGUAGUCUUCACACUGCUGUUUGCUGGUGAGAAGAUUUUUGACAUUGACAGUGGGAGGAAUGCACCUCUGCAUGCUCCCCCCUCAGAGCACUACACCAUCGUGUUCAACACCUUCGUGAUGAUGCAGCUCUUCAACGAGAUCAAUGCCAGGAAAAUCCAUGGGGAGAGAAAUGUUUUUGAAGGCAUCUUUAACAAUGCCAUCUUCUGCUCUAUUGUUCUGGGGACGUUUAUUGUACAGAUAAUCAUUGUGCAGUUUGGUGGGAAGCCUUUUAGUUGCUCAGAGCUCUCCGUGGAGCAGUGGCUGUGGUCCAUUUUCCUGGGCAUGGGAACACUACUCUGGGGCCAGCUGAUUUCCACCAUCCCAACCAGCCGCCUGAAAUUCCUGAAAGAAGCUGGGCAUGGAACACAGAAGGAAGAGAUUCCUGAGGAAGAGCUAGCAGAAGAUGUAGAGGAGAUUGAUCAUGCUGAGAGGGAGCUACGUCGUGGUCAGAUCUUGUGGUUUAGGGGCCUAAACAGGAUACAAACUCAGAUGGAUGUAGUGAAUGCUUUCCAGAGUGGAAGUACCAUUCAGGGGGCUCUAAGGCGACAACCCUCCAUCGCCAGCCAGCACCAUGAUAUCCGAGUGGUGAAUGCGUUUCGUAGCUCCCUGUACGAGGGGCUGGAGAAACCCGAGACGCGGAGCUCCAUCCACAACUUCAUGACCCACCCCGAGUUUAGAAUAGAAGACUCCGAGCCUCACAUCCCCCUGAUCGACGACACCGACGCGGAGGACGACGCUCCCACCAAGCGCAACUCCAGCCCCCCACCGCCUUCCCCCAACAGGAACAACAACGCCGUCGACCGCGGAAUCCACCUUAAGACAGGCCUGGCGAACAAGUCUGCUACCUCUUCAUCCCCAGGGAGCCCUCUACAUAGUUUGGAAACGUCCCUCUGAUGGCAAGAAGCUGAAUUGUCUCUCGGAAAGCAAAAGCAAAAGGCCACUCUUAAGCUUGCACCGUCAAGAAUAAACACCGAGUUGGGUCUCUUCGCGUUGUUGGUGUUGUGGUGAUUGAGUGAGGAUGAGGAUGGACGAGACGAGAGCAUUUUCUUGUCUUUGGACUUCGAGCAGAAGACAAAACAACAACAAAAAAAAACAAAACACAAAGCAACACUUCAACACUUGUACGAAUGUAGAUUUAUUUUUUUAACAAAAGAAAAAGACAAAAAUAAAACUUUAACCAAAAAAAACAAAACAAAACAAAAACAAACAAACAAACAAAAAAAAAAGCUUUUCUGCCAGACUUUGGAGGGUUUGCUUUUUCUUGGGGGUGGGAGUGAAAUAAUGGAACUCUUGGAGAGAAAGAAAGAGAAAAGAAAAGAGAUGAAUAAAAAACAAACAAAAACACCAAACCAAACACACACAAAGUUCUGUCUGAACACUUGGGAGUCAUUAAAGCGAGCUGAGCAUCGUCUGCUGUGUACUUGAGAGGUGGUCCUGGAGGAGAUGUGUGGUUUAGCAGAGCUCUAGAGAGCCUUUUUCCCUUUGGCCUUUGGCUGAUAACAAGAAGAGAGCCCUGGAAUGGUCGACUCGCUGACUUCUUAAUUUCUGCUGUUGGCUGUUAAUAAUUUGGGAUUAUUUAUGUUUAUAAAUGAGAACAGAGAUCUGUUUACAAAAGGUUUGUAGAUACUUUUUUUUUUGUUGGCUGGUUGGGGGUUUUAUUUUUCCUUCCUUUUUGUUUGGGGCGGGGCAGGGGGGGGGGGAGGAGGGUGUGGGAUUCCUGUUCAUAGAAGCUUCCUUCUAAAUGAUGCAGUCAGGAGUGGGAUUCCUGCUCAUAGAAGCUUCCUUCUAAACGAUGCAGUCAGGAGUGGGAUUCCUGCUCAUAGAAGCUUCUAAAUGGUGCAGUCAGGAGUGGGAUUCCUGUUCCUAUAAGCUUCUGAAUGAUGCAGGAAUGAGUGGGAUUCCUGCUCAUAGAAGCUUCCUUCUAAAUGAUGCUGAGAGGAGUGGGAAUCCUGCUCAUAGAAGCUUCCUUCUAAAUGAUGCAGUCAGGAGUGGGAUUCCUGUUCCUAUAAGCUUCCUUCUAAAUGAUGCAGUCAGGAGUGGGAUUCCUGCUCAUAGAAGCUUCCUUCUAAAUGAUGCUGAGAGGAGUGGGAAUCCUGCUCAUAGAAGCUUUUAAAUGAUGCAGGGAGGAGCGAGAUUGCUGCUCACAGAAGCUUCUAAAUGAUGCAGUCAGGAGUGGGAUUCCUGUUCAUAUAGAAGCCUCCUUCUAAAUGAUGCUGAGAGGAGUGGGAUUCCAGUUCCUAGAAGCUUCUGAAUGAUGCAGUCAGGAGUGGGAUUCCUGUUCCUAGAAGCUUCUGAAUGGUGCAGUCAGGAGUGGGAUUCCUGUUCAUAUAGAGGCCUCCUUCUAAAUGAUGCUGAGAGGAGUGGGAUUCCUGUUCCUAGAAGCUUCUGAAUGAUGCAGUCAGGAGUGGGAUUCCUGUUCCUAGAAGCUUCCUUCUAAAUGAUGCAGGAAUGAGUGAGAUUCCUGCUCAUAGAAGCUUCCUUCUAAAUGAUGCUGAGAGGACUGGGAUUCCUGUUCCUAGAAGCUUCUGGAUGAUGCAGGAAGGAGUGGGAUUCCUACUCAUAGAUGCUUCUAAAUGAUGCUGAGAGGAGUGGGAUUCCUGUUCCUAGAAGCUUCUGGAUGAUGCAGGAAGGAGUGGGAUUCCUGCUCAUAGAAGCUUCCUAUUAAAUGAUGCAGAGUGGAGUGGGAUUCCUGUUCAUAGAAGCAUCUAAAUGAUAGAAAUGGGAUUUAUGUUCCUAGAAGCUUCUGAAUGAUGCAGGGGGGAGUGGGAUUGCUGCUCACAGAAGCUUCUGAAUGAUGCAGGGAGGAGUGGGAUUGCUGCUCACAGAAGCUUCUGAAUGAUGCAGGGAGGAGUGGGAUUGCUGCUCACAGAAGCUUCUGAAUGAUGCAGGGAGGAGUGGGAUUGCUGCUCACAGAAGCUUCUGAAUGAUGCAGGGAGGAGUGGGAUUGCUGCUCACAGAAGCUUCUAAAUGAUGCAGGGGGCAGUGGGAUUGCUGCUCACAGAAGCUUCCUUCUAAAUGAUGCAGAGAUGAAAAAAUAAACUAAAAUUAAUUUUAAAAUUAAGACUAACAAGUGGGGAGGGGAAAAAAAAACCCCAACAUUAAAAGUAGACCUUCAAAUACUGCUGUAUUUUCAGGGAGAAAACAAAAAGGGAGGGGAAGGGGAGGGGAAGGGGUUUCUAUUGAGCCUGCUACAUUGGUUUGGUUGGUUGUUUUUUUUCUUUGCUGCCUGCAAGUUUUACCUUGUUAAAUACUGUAGAUAAAAAAAAAAUAAGGAAAAAAAAUUGCUAAUAACUCAUAGCCAAAUAGCUCAGACACAACUGCUUUGUAUAAAAAAAAACAAAACCAAACAUGACAAAAAAAAAAAAAGCCCUAAACACACACAAAAAAAAACCAACAACACAAAAAAACCACAACCAAACAUGAAGAAAAAAAACCCAGAGAUGAAAAAAAACCAAACACCAACAAACCAAACCCAGAACCCAACCCAAAACCUGGCAGUGGUUUCUUUCCUCAUCAAGUAAUCAAUCAUGGCCUCUUUGAGUCCUUCCUUCCUUCCCUCUUUGAGUCCUUCCUUCCCUCUUUUGAGUCCUUCCUUCCUUCCCUCUUUUGAGUCCUUCCUUCCUUCCCUCUUUUGAGUCCUUCCUUCCUUCCCUCUUUUGAGUCCUUCCUUCAUGAGCAUUUGCUGCUUCGAAUGGGUUUUUAUGUUGGAACAAAAGUUGGGGGAGGUUUUAAUUUUGGGCAAACUUUGCAGAAUGGAAUUUUAUGGAUGUUUAUUAUUAUUAAUUACAAUUAAUUUGGGGGGUUUCCUUCAGUGUUUCUUCCUGUUGGAGGUUAAUUAUGAUUAAUUUGGGGGUUUCCUUCCUGUUCAGAGCUGGGUUAGGAUCGUUUUUAACGCAGGGCAUCAGUGGAACUUGCUUGAAGUAUUUUCCUGUUCUCUUGGGCAAAAAAAAACCCCAAACCCAAACAUAAAAAAGAAAACCCAAACACCAACAAACCAAACCCAGAACCCAACCCAAAACCUGGCAGUGGUUUGUUUCUUCAUCAAGCAAUCGAUCAUGGCCUCUUUGAUGCCUUUCUUCCCUCUUUGAUUCAUUUCUUCAUGAGCAUUUGCUGCUUGUAAUGGGUUUUUAUUUUGGAACAAAAGUUGGGGCGAGCUUAAUUUUGGACUAACUUUGCAGAAUGGAAUUUUAUUGCUUUUUAUUAUGAUUAAUUUGGGGGUUUCCUUCAGUGUUCCUUCCUGUUGGGGGUUAAUAAUGAUUAAUUUGAGGGUUUCCUUCCUGUUCAGAGCUGGGUUAGGAUCAUUUUUAACGCAGGACAUCAGCAGAACUUGCUUGAAAUAUUUUCCUGUUCUCUUGGGCAAAAAAAAGACUCCAAACUAUAAAAUAAAACACAUAAAAAAAACCCAAACCCAUUAAAAAAAAGGACAAACCCAAAAAUCAUAAGCAAAAAAAAUAGACAAAUAAAAGCCACAACAAAAAAAAUAGACAAAAAACCACCAAAACCCACAACAAAAAAAUAGACAAAAAAGGACAAAAAACCCAAACCCACAACUAAAAAAAUAGACAAAAAACAGACAAAAAAAGGACAAACCAAAACCCACAACCAAAAAAAUAGACAAAAAACCAAACCACAACAAAAAAAAAUAAGCAAGGACAAAAAAAACCAAACCCACAAAAAAAUAAGGACAAAAAAUUGACAAAAAACAGACAAAAAAACCUCAAAACUCACAACCAACAAAAAAAGGACAAUAAAACCCACAACAAAAAAAAAUAGGCAGGAAAAAAAGCCACAACCAAAACAAAUAGACAAAAUAAAACACAACAAAAAAAAAUAGACAGAAAAAAAACAAUCAAGAAAAAAUAGACAAAAAAAAGCCACAACACAAAAAAAAAGCAGGAAAAAACACACAAGCAAAACAAAUAGACAAAAAUAAAACACACAAAAAAAAAAAAAACCAAACACACAACCAAAAAAUAGACCAGAAAAAACCCACCACAACCUAGAAAAAUAGACAGGAAAAAAACACAACAAAAAUAAUAGACAGGAAAAAACACAAUAAAAAUACAGGAAAUAAAACACAACCAAAUAAAUAGACAUAUAAAACCCCACCAAAAAAAAUAGAGAGGAAAAAAAAAGCACAACCAAGAAAAAUAGGGAAAAAAACCACCACAGCCAAGGAAAAGUAGACAGGAAAAAAACAAACACAACCAAGAAAAAUAGACAGGAAAAAACACAAUAAAAAAGACAGGAAAUAAAACA